AAUGCGUAAAUAAGCAUUUGACAGAUCACGGGCGCCGGCCGCUAUCAGCUGAGAGUUAUCAGUGACCCCCAGUUUUCGGGUAAUUCUGUAACCAAUUUCAAAGAAAAAUAUAUACUGUUGAAUUCCCAACAAUGCUGUCCGUCAUGUUGAAACGAACAUUAUGUUCUGCUAGCGGUGCGAGCAGAGCACAGAUAUUACGGUUUUGUUCCGCCAGUACUACUUCCAGUUCAGAUGAAGCCAUGGAAAACAAUCCAGAGGGACCUGCGAUUCUUGUGGAGAAAAUGAACAACAUCACAAUGAUAGGUCUAAACAAACCGGCAAUCCGCAAUGCCAUUAACUCUGAAAUGGGACAGCAGCUAGUCGCAGCAAUUGAUGCUUUCGAAAAGGACGAAACAGCUGAUGUUGGAAUUUUACAUGGAAUCGGUGGUUCUUUCUGCGCUGGCUACGAUCUGUCUGAGCUGGCGAAUCAGAAUGUGAAACCACAGUCUGUGAUUUUACAACGGGGAGGUGUUAUGGGUCCAACCCGACGCAAUUUCAAGAAACCGAUGGUUUGUGCCAUAUCCGGCUACUGUGUGGCCGGUGGCUUAGAGCUUGCACUAAUGUGCGACCUGCGGGUCAUGGAAGAACUUGCCAUACUCGGGUUUUACAAUCGUCGCUUCGGAGUUCCACUGGUGGAUGGUGGUACGAUUCGAUUGCCGGCGUUGAUCGGUGUUUCUCGCGCCAUGGAUCUCGUGCUUACCGGACGAACGGUGAAGGCCAAAGAGGCACUUGAAAUCGGUCUUGUCAAUCGGAUCGUUGCCGUCGGAACGGGGCUGGGGCAGGCGUACAAUCUGGCCGCUAGCAUAGCUAAAUAUCCACAAGCUUGCUUGAACCACGAUCGGACCUCGAUGUACUACGCAACGUACCAGGCCAAGUCUCUGGAGGAUGCGAUGGACUUCGAAGUGCUGUCGGCAGGCGAGGAGCUACUGCAGCAGGCCACCAAAGGGGCGGAACGAUUCAUGCAGGGUGUUGGCAAGCAUGGUAAAUUUACCGAUAUCAAGGAGAGACUGCUUCCAGACUGGGAGAAGGAAGAGAUUGCGCACGAGAUUGCCACCAAGGGCAAACAACUGAAACCGAAGUUGUAAGGCUGUAAAGUUUGUUAGGAUUUAGAAGGGAUAUGUAUUAUUUUUAAGACUGUCGAGGGAAAUAAAUUUUCUUAUAUAUAUAUAUAUAUUUACCUAACCGCGAAUUUGUGCUUUUCCCAGUUUGCCAGUCAGUUAUUUUUUCUUAAUUGUGGCUAAUGUGCAUAUUUUUCUUAAUUUUUUGUGGUUUUAUGGACCAAAUUUGAUAUCAACCAAAUAGUGGAUUCAUGAGGUAAUCCACGUUCGAAUGACAAACCAAUGAAAUGUACAAAACUGUCCUGUAGAAGUUAAAACCUAGUUUUUGCGAUCUACUGUUGGCGGUGGGAACCAGAGGCGAGUGUUUUGAUAGUUUUUCCCGGCAACCUGUACUGUGUAGUAAUGCACUGCCCAUAAUUAAAAAAAAAGUUUAAUAUCCCAGUUUGACAAA